UCUCAGACGUUUCAGCUUCCUUUGUCUCUCUCUUCGUAACCUCAACCCAAGAAGACCAAGAUCUGCUGUUUUCCCACAGCGACCGCCAUUGAAACCACAUCGGGAAGCAGGAGAGCAAUGGACCGCCGUCGUGCCGCCAAGACAUCUUCCUCCGACGAGCCUCUCGAGUUCUUCAAAGUUUAUCUCCCCUCCUUCAGUUCUCACCAACUGCUUAUACCACCGGAUUUUGUCAAGAAUUUUAAAGGAGUCGUGCCCAAAAAGGCGGUUCUCAAGAAUACUACAGGGAGAUCAUGGCCAAUUGGGAUAGCAGGAGUUGGAAAUACAUUGUUCAUUAAGAGUGGUUGGCGGGACUUCGUGAUCGAUCAUCCUCUAGAUUUUGCUGAUUUUCUCAUUUUCAGAUACAUUAGGGACUCGGUGUUCCUCGUCAAAGUAUUUGGUAAGAAUGGGUGCAGGAAAGAAAUAACUAAUGGAGUCAAUAGACCAUUAGCUGUUGUGAAGACGGAAGAGCUGGCAGAUGAAGUAAAGGAGGCAGAACAGAACCAGAUGAGGCCUGUUCAGGCUUGUAAGCGGAAGUUCGUGGACUUAAAUAUCGAUAAAGUGGAAAAUCAUGUGCACAGAGAUUCCAGGUUCAAAACGAAACUAGAGCUCGUUGGAGAAACUGUUAGCAAGUGCUCCGUGAAGACAUAUGCCAUGCCGAAGAAUCCGCACUUUGUAUCACGCAUCUCCAAAUAUGCACUUAAACUCUUGUUUGUCCCUACUUCAUUCAUAAAGAGAAAUCAUAUAAAGCUAAAUCCCAAUGAGAAGAUGAUUGUGCGGGAUCAAAAUGGGGGGACAUGGCCUGUGCAGAUUAACGAAAGGAUAGCUGGCCGGUUCUAUCUGUCCUCUGGGUGGACUGAGUUUAGGAAGGGGAACAAUUUGAGAGUAGGCAAUCAACUCGUGCUCGAAUUUGUCCUGGGAGAGGGGAAUGCAUGCAGUGAAACAAUCGUAAGAGUUCUUCCACCGGGCCUCAAAAUACAAAAGGAUCCUAGAUACUUUGUUGUGAAGGCUUGAUUUGUGUGUAGUGGGGUCGACAUCUUAAAAACGAUGAUGUCUUAGAUGUUCUGGUGGUUAGAGAAUAAUUCUUUGUGUGGUUUUUAUUCUCAAAUCUAGGUACAUAGAGUUUUAACGUUUGUAAUACUAGAGAUUUUUUCAAAUAAAAUCUC